AUUAAUGUAUAGUGAUAAAAAUAUCUGUAGCUGAAACAAAGCGGCGCAGUGCCCGUCAGUGUGUAACGUGUGAUUAGAACAAAUUAUUGAACGUUCAAAAUGUUGUCUAAAAUAUUUGGUACAGUGAAAUAUUUGUUAUUGAUUACAAAUUUCCUUUUCUUGAUAACGGGUAUAAUAGUAUUGUCUGUGGGCAGUUCUGUACAGUCAGCUUAUAAUGGAUACCAUCAGUUUCUAUCAGACAGAUUUUUCUCAUUACCCGCCUUUUGCAUAGCAACUGGCGUCAUUAUAAUACUGAUUGGUUUUAUCGGCUUCUAUGGAGCUUACACGGAAAAUCACAGAGUCAUUCUCGCGUACGUGUUUGCGAUGAUCCUGAUGUUUGUGUUCCAACUGUCAACGUGCAUAGCUGGUUAUACACUGCGCAGCAGCACUGUAGCACUCGUGCAACAACAGUUACACAAUACCAUGCAAUUGUACAAAGACGAUUUUGUAGUGCAACAAGUCUGGGACGAAGUUCAGUACGAUUUUUCAUGUUGUGGGGUAACCAACGCCAGUGACUGGUUAGGGCCACUGGAUACAGCAACUGAAGGUAGUUUGCCUCUGAGCUGUUGUCCUCACGAGAUUGGUUCAGUGGGGACUGCCACAUGCACGAUUAAUACUUCAACUGUAUAUAAAAAUGGAUGCUCGGAUGCUUUUGGAAAUUGGGUGAAAGAGCAUGCGGGCUCUAUAGGGGUGGCUGGAGUGUUUUUGGUACUUAUUCAGGCAUUAGUGGUAGGUGCGGCACUCUGGAUGGCCAAGGUAUCUCGGGAGGAGCAGUCGGCGUAUCCUUAAGGUCCAAGAGAUGUUGACAGUCAAGUUAGCUCGUUGAUCGAUUAGUAAGCCGGCGGUUGAGAACAGUACGCGAUAGAUUUUGAAUUUAAAGAAUGAGUGUUGUACAUAUGUUUUAAAUAUUAAUUACGUAUAAAUGUUACACAAUUGUUUAAGUUAAUUACAGUUAAAAUAAAAUUAUAGAAUAAUA